AUGGAAUAUGAAGAAACACAAAAGAACAGAAGAUGCAGCUGGUCACUGGCUCGACCAUUUCAAAUGAUCUCAAUUAGCCUUCUUAGUCUCCUCGUUCCUCUCUCCUUCCUCUUCCUUUCACGUCUCUCUUUCUCCUCAGCUCCCGUCACCGUCUCUCGCUUAUCCUCCUUUCUUCACCAAGCCGAUGUCGGAGUCUUAUACACAAUCCUGUCUCUCAUCAUCGUCUCCACUUUAAUCCACAAUCUCUCCGGAAAACCAGAAUGCUCUGUUUUCCAUUCCCAUCUCUACAUCUGCUGGAUCGUUCUCUUCAUCGUCCAAGCUUGUGUCGCCUUCGGAAUCGAAGGAACCAUGAGCACGAUCAUGACUACAGUUCCAGACAAAAGCUUUCUUCUUGCGUCACCAGAAAGGUGGGUCUUGGUUAGGGUUAUGUUCUUCUUGGGCCUGCACGAAGUGAUGCUGAUGUGGUUUCGAGUCGUGGUUAAGCCAGUGGUCGACGACACAGUUUUUGGGGUUUACGUGGAGGAGGAGAAGUGGUCAGAGAGAACCGUCGUGGCGGUGACUUUUGGUCUAAUGUGGUGGUGGAGGCUAAGAGAUGAAGUAGAAAGUUUGGUGGUGGUUGCAGAGGCUAAACGUAACCUUCUGAUUCGUCUUGGCGGUUUUGAUAUAGUCAACUGGUGGAUGUAUUACAUCUGCGUUGUGAUUGGUAUUGUCAAGAUCUUCAAAGGGUUUUUGUAUUUUGUGAAUAUGUUGAUUUUGACUAUUAAGAGGCCGAGAAAAGAAUGCGAGUCACUCGUUGUUGUUGUUCAUGAAGAUCAUGUGUAA